GCCAUCGGAUAAAAAAAACUCGCAUGUUGUUUUUGUUCAUAAAAAUAGGCCCAAUGUGUACUUCUCUAUGGAUGGAUUAUUUAAGUGGAGCCUGUGGUUGGUUGCGGUAGUGCUAGCUGGCCCCUGCGCCCAAGGGGACACAGCCAAUACCAACACAGACAAGGGUCUCGCUAUCGCGCAUGGGAAGACCUCACACUUUAUUGUGCACAAAAAUGACGAACUAGUGAUUAAUUGCUCAGUGGUAUAUAACACCUCAUUAGGGCCAGCUAACUACACAUGGCUCAAGAAUGACGAGUUUCUGGAUUUUACCUCACGAAGAAUUCAAGUGUUCACGAACGGGUCCUUGUAUAUUCGCCGGAUUUUGCAUCGACCAAGAAAGGACAUAAGUGAUGACGGUCGUUACAAAUGUUAUGUUCGACUCGAAAAUGCUGGCACAGUUAUUGCGAGGGACGUUCAAAUCAGUGUUGCUGACUUUUUCUAUAACAUGGUGAUGCAAGACAGCAAUUAA